CCAAAAAAAAGUAAAACUAGUACUACAUUGUUGCUUCUCAGAAACUCCCAGCUGUUUAUUUUUGUCUAGGCUUCUUCAAUCAUCAAAGAAAGCAAAAACAAGAGUGAGAGUGAGAGAAAGUAGAGAACCAAAGCCAUUUCCUUGUUACUUCCCACUUUGUAAAGAGAAUAUAACCCUCAUUCUUCUUCACAACAUUGCUUUUGCUUUACCAAGCUGAGGGAGAAGGUUUAGCAUCAAAUCAUGUUCAUGAGCUUCUUCAAGCAGCUCAUGGCAAUGCAGAAUGUACUUCUGCUGCUACUCCUUCUGGCAUGUUCUUUGAUAGGUUCUGCUACAGCCUCUGUGUCCUAUGACUCCAAAGCUAUCACCAUUAAUGGCCAGAGAAGAAUACUCAUUUCUGGAUCCAUUCACUAUCCAAGAAGCACCCCUGAGAUGUGGCCAGAUCUUAUCCAGAAGGCCAAGGAAGGAGGUUUGGAUGUGAUUCAGACCUAUGUUUUCUGGAAUGGGCAUGAACCUUCACCUGGCCAAUAUUAUUUUGAAGGGAACUAUGAUCUGGUGAAGUUCAUAAAGUUGGUGCAGCAAGCAGGCCUCUAUGUUAAUCUAAGGAUUGGUCCUUAUGUCUGUGCUGAGUGGAACUUUGGGGGCUUCCCUGUUUGGCUUAAGUACAUUCCAGGUAUUAGCUUCAGAACAGACAAUGGCCCAUUUAAGUUUCAAAUGCAAAAAUUUACCGAGAAGAUUGUCGAUAUGAUGAAAGCAGAGAGGUUAUAUGAGUCUCAGGGAGGUCCAAUAAUUCUUUCCCAGAUUGAAAAUGAAUAUGGACCUGAGGAGUAUGAAAUUGGUGCUGCUGGUAAAACCUAUACUAAGUGGGCAGCAGAUAUGGCUCUAGGACUUGGUACUGGGGUUCCAUGGAUCAUGUGCAAGCAAGAUGAUGCUCCUGAUCCUAUUAUUAACACCUGCAAUGGCUUCUAUUGUGAUUAUUUCUCUCCAAACAAGGAUUACAAACCAAAGAUGUGGACAGAAGCUUGGACUGGCUGGUAUACUGAGUUUGGAGGUCCCGUUCCUUAUCGACCUGCUGAAGACUUGGCAUUUUCAGUUGCAAGGUUUAUACAGAAAGGGGGAUCAUUUGUCAAUUAUUACAUGUACCAUGGGGGAACAAAUUUUGGUCGAACUGCCGGUGGUCCCUUCAUCGCUACAAGCUAUGAUUAUGAUGCACCUCUUGAUGAAUAUGGAUUGCUCAGGCAACCAAAGUGGGGUCAUCUGAAGGAUUUACACAGAGCAAUAAAACUUUCUGAACCUGCAUUAGUAUCAGGAGAUCCGACUGUAACACGGAUUGGAAACUAUCAAGAGGCUCAUGUCUUCAAAUCAAACUCGGGAGCCUGUGCUGCGUUUCUAGCAAACUAUAACCCAAAAUCUUAUGCAACAGUGGCAUUUGGGAAUAUGCAUUACAACUUGCCUCCUUGGUCUAUAAGCAUUCUUCCCGACUGCAAGAACACCGUUUAUAACACUGCAAGGGUUGGUUCCCAGAGAGCCCAGAUGAAGAUGACCAAUGUUCCUAUUCAUGGUGGACUCUCUUGGCAAGGGUUCACUGAAGAAACAGCCUCGACUGAUGACAGUUCCUUCACUGUGACUGGCCUAUUAGAGCAGUUAAAUACAACAAGAGAUUUAUCCGACUACUUGUGGUACUCCACGGAUGUCGUGAUUGACCCCAAUGAAGAAUUUUUGAGGAAUGGAAAGAAUCCUGUUCUUACAGUGUUAUCUGCUGGGCAUGCUAUGCAUGUUUUUAUCAAUGGCCAGCUAUCAGGAACUCUAUACGGAAGCUUAGAAUUUCCCAAACUGACAUUUAGCGAGAGUGUGAUGCUCAGACCUGGUGUUAACAAAAUCUCUCUUUUAAGCGUUGCAGUUGGACUCCCGAAUGUUGGCCCUCAUUUUGAGACAUGGAAUGCUGGUGUUCUUGGUCCAAUUACAUUAAACGGUCUCAAUGAGGGGAGAAGGGACUUGACUUGGCAGAAAUGGUCUUACAAGGUUGGUCUUAAAGGUGAAACCCUGAGUCUUCAUUCUCUCGGUGGAAGUUCGUCAGUGGAGUGGGUUCAGGGGUCUUUAAUUGUUCAGAGGCAGCAAUUGACUUGGUUCAAAACUACUUUCGAUGCCCCGGAUGGAGUUGCACCAUUGGCUUUAGACAUGGGUAGCAUGGGCAAGGGUCAAGUGUGGUUAAAUGGACAGAGUCUUGGCCGCUACUGGCCUGCUUAUAAAGCAUCUGGUACCUGUAAUAACUGUGACUAUGCUGGAACGUACAAUGAGAAUAAAUGCAGAAGUAACUGCGGCGAGGCUUCCCAAAGAUGGUAUCAUGUUCCUCAUUCAUGGCUGAAGCCAACUGGGAAUUUAUUGGUUGUGUUUGAAGAAUUGGGUGGAGAUCCCAAUGGGAUCGUUUUGGUUAGACGCGAUAUAGAUAGUGUGUAUGCUGAUAUUUAUGAAUGGCAGCCAAAUGUUAUUAGUUAUCAGGUGCAAGCUUCUGGCAAAUCUAGCAAACCAGUGAGACCAAAAGCACAUUUAUCAUGUGGCCCUGGACAAAAAAUCUCAUCAAUCAAAUUUGCUAGUUUUGGUACUCCGGUUGGGUCUUGUGGAAACUUCCAAGAAGGAAGCUGCCAUGCUCACAAGUCUUAUGAUGCCUUAAAAAGGAAUUGUGUUGGACAGAACUUUUGCAAAGUAACAGUGUCGCCUGAUAAUUUCGGAGGAGAUCCAUGUCCAAAUGUCAUGAAGAAACUCUCAGUGGAGGCCAUUUGUUCCUGAUCAUUUCAACCUCAGGAAAUAAAUGGAACAAAGUUCCCAAAAUUGAAUUUUUUUUCUGCAAUUCAAUACAACAUAGCUUUUGGGUCAAUCAAAGUCUACACUUCUGGGUCACCGCACAUGCAUUAAUAUGGCUUUACCAAAGGUGAAGUUGCAGAAAACACAACACACCAUCUGGUUGAAAGCCGUCAGAUUGCUGAGAUGAUUGUGGAUAUGUGUACAUAGUUGUGUUCUGAUUGUUAUACUGAGGUGAAAGGUGAAGAUUUUCUUGAUGCACAGUGAGAUGAUUCUACUGAGUCCAUGUGCAAUUUUUUUUUUAAUGUGGAAGCUUCUCGCUUCUUGUAAUAUUAUUUUUCCCUUGUAAGCUGCAUUGAUAGUGAUUUAGUAGCUUUCUUGUAAGAAACUUCCCUAGAUAAUCAGAUCUAAUAUAUUAAUUUCCGUCA